CGCAGCGCUGCCUCCUCAGGAGUCCGGCUUGAGCCGGCGGUGCGGAGAGGUCGUCCCGUAUUUCGGCUCCGAGCAGGCUCGGGGCCGGUGCUGGGACGAUGGACGAGUUGCUGCUGCCCACGGCCGUGCUGGAAGUCUGCGUCUUGGUCGGAGUCUCCCGGGAGAAAGCCAGAGAAGCGCGUCAGCUUGCACAACAAAAAGACGUGAGAACCAUCCCACUCGAACCGGAAGUUCUUUCCGUUUUUGUACCUCCCUUUAUCAGCAAGGAAGAUUUGCAAGCUCUUCCGCUAAAUAGCAACGCUUUCAAUAAAACCAAACGCCGUUCUUUCCGAAAAAGGAAAGAGAAAUUUAAGACGGAAGAUGCAAAGGCUGUGAACGGAGCACCCAGAGCACCUGAGGAUGAAGACAUCGCUGUUCCCAAAGAUGUCGACCUGAAUGGACUGCCCCAGCUUUGCUUUCCAGGAGGAUUUUAUGUCACGUCUGAAUCCAGAGAGGACCACUUUCAUUUUCUCGUUUUCACAGAUGUUUUCGGAAACCGAACUUACGGAGUUGUGGCCCAGUAUCACCAGCCUAUGCAAGAGGGACGCCUUUACAAUGGGCAGGCACAUUGGGAUAAACUUCAAAGCUCCAGAGCUGAUUCGUACUUCGUACCAUUUGCCGUUUGUGUCAUAUCCAGGUACCCAUAUUUCAACGCCUUGAAGGACUGUUUGUCUUGCUUAUUGCUACGGCUGAAGCCUUACAAAGAUUCAGAAAUCGAGGAACACAUAAAAGAAUUUGCAGCAAAGUUAUCCCUGAUACCCAGUUCUCCUCCUGGGCAGCUUCAUCUGCUAUUUAAUGUGAAGCCUCUCCAAGUCGUAUUUCCAUCUCAGGAAGAUCCCGACAGCCCUCUUAUUGAUUUGGAUCUACAUCUUCCCUUCCUUUGCUUCAAGCCGGAACAGAUUUUACAGAUACUUACUUGUAUUUUAACGGAACGAAAAAUUGUCUUCUUUUGCUCUGACUGGGCACUGCUGACCCUCAUAUCCGAAUGCUUCAUGUUGUAUAUCCAUCCUAUUCAGUGGCAACACACGUUUGUACCAAUCCUAUCCCGUCAGAUGCUGGAUUUUGUCAUGGCCCCCACCUCCUUCCUGAUGGGCUGUCACAUCGACCACUUUGAGGAAGUUUGCAAGGAAGCCGAUGACUUAAUUCUCAUUAACAUCGAUACUGGCGAUAUCGCUCAAUCCAAGUCCUCUGAAGAGGAAACCGACGUUCCAGAUGUUCCAGCAGAAGCAGCCAGGAUUUUUAUAGCACGAUCUGAAAACCUUCAACUGCACUAUGACCUUGAACUCUGCCAUCUGGGAACCUUCACCGACUUCAUCGAAAUCCAAGGGCGACGGAGAACUUGGCAACACAAGCUGAAUUCUGAAAUUCAACAGAUUGCCUUGCAGUUAAUUGUCAAUAUCUUUAGGGAGGUGAAAGAUCACUUGAACUACGAACACAGAGUCUUUAACAGUGAAGAAUUCUUAAAGACAAGAGCAAUAAAUGAUCAGCCUUUUUACAGAAAGGUACUGGAAACGUACAUGUUCCACUCUUUCCUCAAAGCCCGCCUUAACGGAAGGAUGGAUGCCUUUGCUUACCUGGAGCAGAGCACCCAAAACGAAGAAGACAGAUUCAACUUCCUGGUUGGUAACCCGAGAAGGCUAACGAUGGAGAAAAUGAUUUCUAAAAGAUUUAAUCCUCAGUACAUGCUCAGCAGGCGCAUGGGGAUGAGUCUGCCUGACCUGAACGACAUUAAGCAGAGCGGCGGCCCGACGAGGAAUUUAUCCCUUCGAAGCGUAAACACUACACAAGCUAAAAGAUCAAUUUCGAAACCCAUCAGCACUUUCAAGAUUCCAGAAAUCCAUUUCCCACUGCUGGGUCAGUGCGUCCAGUCCUAUUACGUCGACUUCAGUAACCAUCUCAGCAGAGCCAUCACCAUUCUGUCCCCGGAGAACUCCGCGCUUCUAGCGAGAUAUUUUUACCUUCGGGGACUUAUAAAUCUGAUGCAAAAGAAAUUCCUAAGCGCCCUUUCGGACUUCCAAAAUCUGUACAAGACGGACAUCAGGAUAUUCCCGACGGACCUCGUGAGAAAAAUGAUCGAAGGACUCCCACCGCUGGAUCGCUCCCAGGCGGAUCAGAAACCCGAACUGAAAAGGUUGAUCAGUCAUCUACUGGACAAACAGAGAGAAGUCGCCAAAACCGACGACCACGUGAAGAAAUUUGAGUUGCCCAAAACUCACAUGCAGGUGAACGACUUCGUGAAGCGGAUCCAGGAAUCUGGGAUUGUCAAAGAUACUGACACCAUCUAUCGGUUGUUUGAUGCGUUAACCGUAGGGCAGCAAAAACAAAUUGACCCGGAAACAUUUAAAGACUUUUAUACCUACUGGAAGGAAACGGAAGGAGAAGCUCAGGACGUCAACCUGCCGCCGAGAGUCAUAGAACACCUGGACAAAAACGAGUGUGUUUACAAGUUAUCCAGCUCGGUCAAAACGAACAAAGGAGUUGGCAAAAUUGCACUGACCCCAAAACGCCUGUUUUUGUUGACGGAAGGUGCUUGUCCCGGCUAUCAAGACAUCGCAACUUUCAGAGAUAUAGAGGAAGUGAGGAAUACCACCGUCACUUUUCUUCUCCUCAGGAUUCCCACCCUGAAGAUAAAAGUCAAGUACAAAAAGGACGUUUUUGAAGCAAAUCUGAAGUCCGAGUGCGAUCUUUGGCACUUGAUGGUGAAAGAGAUGUGCGCUGGCAAGAAAAUGGCAGAUGAUCACAAGGAUCCACAGUAUCUUCAACAAGCCCUCACCAACGUUCUUCUGAUGGAUGCGGUAGUGGGUUCUCUGCAGUCCUCCAAAAUAAUCUAUGCAGCUUCGAAGCUAUCUUACUUUGACAGGAUGAAGAACGAAGUGCCCAUGAUGGUCCCCAAAACCACGUCUGAAACACUAAAGCACAAGAUCAACCCAUCAGCUGGUGAAACGUUCCCACAAGCAGUGGAAGUCUUGCUGUAUACACCAGGGCAGCUGGAACCCACAGAAAAACCUGGAGAAGCCCAUCCAAAAUUGUGGUGUGCUUUGAACGGAGGGAAAGUUGUGGUCUUUGAUGCAUCAACGUGGUCUCUACAGCAUUCUUUUAAAGUGGGAAACUCUAAACUGAAAUGUAUGAUCAUGGCAGAACAAAGUCAAGUUUGGAUCGGCUCUGCAGAUUCCGUCAUCUACUUGAUCAACAUCCACAGCAUGUCUUGCAAUAAGCAACUGAAUGACCACCGCUGUGAAAUUGUGGACAUCGUUGUGGAUACCAGAGAGAGUCUACCCAGUGAGGUGUAUUCCUGCAGCGUGGACGGCACCGUGAUUGCCUGGAACAUCAGCUCCCUGAAAGUGAACCGUCGGUUCCAGCUGCCCCUCGAAAUGGUGACUUCGAUCCAGUUCUACAAGAAUCGGCUUUGGUGCUGUAUACAAGACUACAUUGUUGUGGUCAGCACAAACGGGCUGGUUCGCCAGAAGGUGAAACUGGAAAACGUGCUCACUGAACCCCUGUCGCCUUUGCUCUGUUUCCAGUUGUUUCCUGAGAGGAACGAAGUCUGGGCUUCGUGGGCCGGAUUUCCUUUCCAGAUGUGGGUUGGUGGCCGAGGACUCUCCCAGGGUAAGGUCAAAGGAAAAAUCUACGUGCUGGAUACGGAGAGGAAAUUGGUGGAAAAAGAGUUGGUUGGACACGCGGAUGUGGUGAAGUCCUUGUGCUCCGCCGAGGAUCGCUACGUUCUGAGUGGAGGUGGAAAGGAAGAAGGGAAGAUAGCAAUCUGGAAGGUGGAAGAGAGUUUGGGCUUCCAGUUCGUUUAACAUCGUUCGAAAACCGGAAUGGAGAAGUGGACAUUUCUUUUUAAUUUAUUUCUACCCCUUUCAACCACAAAUUGCAUACUAAGAAGAGAGUGUAAAUAGGGAAUCCCUGGAUAUUCCUUAAUGGAGGAAGUCCUCGACUUACAACAGUAAUUGAACUGGGAACUACGGUCAUAAGUCAUGCCAGUCGUUAAGCAAGUCAUCUUAGAACCAAACCGAUCUUAUGACUUUCUUUUUUUGUAGUCAUAAAGUGAACCCAUUGUUUGCAAUGCGUGGUUUUUUUUCCCCAGAACCUGGAAGUAACCAUGUUGUAAAUCCGGGUCCUUGGACGUUGCAAAAACUGCAAAUGUGGGCCAGUUGCCAAGUGCUGAAAAUGCGAUCACAUGACUGGGGGGGAAUGGGGGGCUAGAUGUCAGGACUUUGAAUCUGGGUGGUAAUUACCUUUUGAGGAGUCCAUCAUAACUUCAAAUGGUCGCUAAGCGGCCAGUCUUUAAGCAAGGACUGACUGUACCAAAAUCUACCGAAUCUGCAUUUCAAAAUCAGUUGGGGGUCCCUUGUUUAGACCGUAUACAGGUAGUCCUCGGGUUAACGACCACAAUUAAGCUCAACAUUUAUGUUGCUAAAGGAAACAUGUGUUAAGUGAGUUUUGCCCCAUCUUACGACUUUUCUUGCCACAGCUGUUAAGCGAAUCACCGCAGCUGUUAAAUCAGCAACCUGGUUGUUAAGUGAAUCCGGCUUCUUUAUGGACUUCACUCAUCAGAAGGUCCCCAAAACGGAUCACGUGACCCUACCCCCCCCCCCGCCCCCCCCAGGGACCCUGCAACCGGGGUCAUAAGUAUAAGCCAGUUGCCAAGCGCCUCAGUUUUGAUCACGUGACCCACGGGGAUGUUGCAACGCUCGUAGGUGUGAAAAAUGGUCGUAAGUCCCUUUUUUUCAUUGCCGUUGUAACUUCAAACGGUCACUAAACGAACGGUUGUAAGUCAAGGACCACCUGUCAUCUACCUGGUUCAGGAUUUGGACCUCUUCUUACUGAAAAGCGAAACCGAUUUAAGUAACUCAUAGCGGAGGACGCACACUCGACCUGGUUUUUCUCUCUGGGCAGUGGAUAAAUGAUCAUGGUAAGGGGGAACUUUCCAUCACUCCCCUGUCAUGGACUGACCCUUCCCUCCUUAGACUGGACUUUCAAUCUGCCAACCUCUGCGGACAGGUGGCUGAACAAUACCAUAUUGUAAAUAUUAAAAGAAUUGUGUAAGAUUUUGAAUGCCGUCAUGUACGGUCUCAUUGCGAAGGAUGACAGACUUCUAAUAAAAACCACGUCAUUUGAAAAGCG